AUGUUUGCCUGCAAACGGCAGCUUCGGAUCGCACUUGGUCUGGCCUGGUUCGGGAUGAGCAUCGCCGUGGCCCAAAAUGCCAGCGAUGCGGGGGUCAGCAGUCGGGCAGUAAGUCAACUGGACCUGGCCGGUUCGGCCACCGCCAAGAGUUUCGAGCCACCGCCUGAAUUCUACAGGGGUCGGGGUCCAGGAUCCGGAGGAGGAGGUGGAGCAGGCCUGGAAACGACUCCUUUGAGUGGUUCCACCAGUCAUCCUUCGCUGGGAAGCGUGGGCGAAAGUCUCAGUGAAACCUACAACAAAUGGCGAGCUGGAGGUGCAAAUCUCCAGGACCGAAUCAGCGUGGGUCCUUAUGGAGCCGCUGGAGGAGGGGCUUCCCAUGCACCGACCGUGAGCAGCUUUGCAAGCGAUUCCCAUCCGUAUCCCUACGAGUACUCCCACAGCAACGGAGCAGGAGGAGGAGGAGGCCUUGGAUUUGGAGGUGGAAACGGAAAUGGUGGCGGAACUGGGGCCUAUUUCGGUAGCUCCAGUGUGGAAGCGGGUAUACCAUUCGACGUGUAUGGAUAUGGAUCGCGUCCGGGUCAUGGUGCCGGUGUGGGCCAUGGCCCUUAUUCCCCGCCAGAGUACGCGUAUCCGUAUCCCCUGGAUCCGCACGAGAUAGCCGCGCACAAGGGACCUGGUCCUGGCCACCACGACGUGUCGCCCAAAGCCCUUUUGGCCAAGAGCUUCCUAAUCCCGCUGGCCAGUGCUGCAGUUCUGGGGAUUGCCGCCGCCUUGGUCAGCAAUCCCCUGCUCCUCCAGUUGGGCACUGUUUCCGGACUGGGCACCAUCGUCGGCAAACGCAAACGACGUGCAACUGGUCAAAAUCUGCUAGCGAGGAAAGCCCAUAAGCACACUUUAUAAAUACAUAUAUGCCAUUCAUAACCAUAACAGAAAUAAUGGAAAAUAAACAUUUGCCCUCAA